GCCGUACGUCCGCCGCCUACGUCACACGCGAGGGCUGGCUCCAGGAGGGCGGGACAUCGGAGAGCGCGACCUGCCGAGGCGGCUGGAAGCCAAUGAAGAUUUUGAUUGGCGGGUUAAAAAUGGCGGUUCUAGAUAGCAUAAAUAAUUGAAUAACCACUGAUUAUCUACUGGUUUUACAUUCAGAAGAAACAAUGGAAUGCCAAGAAUUUAUUGUCCUAUAUACUCAUCAAAAGAUGAAGAAGUCAAAGGUGUGGCAAGAUGGAAUUCUGAAGAUCUCUCACUUAAAAAACAAAGCAAUUUUAUAUGAUGACAAAGGAACAUGUUUGGACAGUUUAUUUCUUAAGUGCCUUGAGGUGAAACCUGGAGAUGACCUAGAAAGUGAUCGAUACUUAAUCACAGUUGAGGAGGUUAAAGUUUCUGGAAGCAAAGCUAUUAAAGAGGAUGUUGUUAAAGAAACACCAGAGUUAAAUUCAAGGAGGUUUAUAUCCUCUGGCAGGUCUCUUGGAUGUCAGCCUGCUGGUUUAAAACGGAAAUUUACUGGUUUUCAAGUACCACGUCAGGUCCCCAAGAAAAUGGUUAUUACAGAAAAUGGAGAGUCACCGGUGUUACCUGAGACUAAGAGACCUGACCCUCCUUUUGUACUUCCAUCUUACAGUGCACCGCCUUUGUUUUCUGCUAUUGGCAAGCAAGAUAUAAACACUAUGCCAAAAAACCUUGAGAACACUGUCCCUUAUAAGAACACAGAGAGAAAUGGCAUUUCCUCAGUUGACUCUGCUCCAUUCUUUAAGAUGAACACAGAAAUGCCAUGUGAAGAAAAUUAUUUUUGCUCUGAAAGUAAGCAUUCAGCCUCUUCACUCACCAGUGAGCCCAUGAAAAGAGAUAGUUUGACAUCUCACUGUUCAGGAGUUUCACAAACCAUCAGAAGCAAAGCGCAGAUACUAGCUCUUCUGAAGUCCAAGUCUACUAGUAGGUGUGAAGAACUCAAUUCUGAGGCUACAGAACAUUUUCCUCAGGUACAGCCACAAGGAUGUUUAAAAGUUCCUGCUAAACCGAAGAGCUUAAUUAUGCAGGAAGAGUAUGCUGAGAUGAAGAAGAGCAAAGGAAGUUUAGACUCCCAGCACCAAUUAGAAAAUGCUAUGAGAAAUGAAAGUCGAUGGGCUAUGUAUUUGUCUGUACAGAAUUCACCUGUACAUUCUUCUGUGAUGGAUGGAAAUUAUAUAGAAAGGAAACCCAAGGCUCAGGAAGAUGAUAGAAAUUUGGAUGUGAAAGACCCUUUGGUACAAAAAGAAGUAAAAUUCUUUGAGACAUAUACUGAAAAGAGUAAAAAGCAUAAUGAAGAUAAGACAGGAGCAAAUAAUGAACAAUCCUGGAAUCAGGAAGUAAAGUUAGAAAUUCCUUCAUUCUGUGAAAGCAGCAGCUUACUGGUUACUUGUAGCAGAGCAGAAAAUGAUGAUUUAUUAUCUGAAUUUGACAUUCCAGAAACUAAUAAAAUGCCUGUUAAUCAGAAUAACAAGGUGUACAUCAAAGAAUCUAUUCACGUUACAGAAAAUGCUCAGGUGGUUAAUGCCUAUGGGACACCAGAAAAAGAGUUUAAACAACCAGUUUUGUCUCUGUCUGAAUCAGAACAUCCACAAAUUGAAUCUUCUCUUACUAGCAAUCCUAGGAUCUCUGAUGACAUUACAGACAUGUUUUCUAAAAGUCACACUGAUAGCGAAGAUCUUAAUAGUAUCCAUGAAUCUAUGGAUAAUGUAACACAACCAUUUUUGGAGAUAACUUUUAAUCUGAACCAUUUUGAGGCCAGUGACACUGAGGAUGAAUCACAAGAAAGUGACAAAAUUUCCCAGAAUUCAGAAAAUGGAAUAAAAGAAAUUUUGGAUAAUGAUAGCAAUUCAUGUGUUCAGAAGAGAUGCAAGGAUAUAAGCCAUCAGGAUACAGGUAGUGAACAUUUGCCAUUUUUAACAUCUAUUGGUGGCAGACCUGCAGAAACAUUGCCUAUUAAAGAGAUUCUGCCAUCACAGUUUUGUGAUAAAACUUCUGUGGGUUUUGACAUAGGACCUUGCAAAGCUGAAAAUACUGGGGAAAAAAUAGAGGAAGAGUACCGUGACAUAGUAAGCAAUUUUGACCCAUCUUUAGAGUGGACUGAUGGUGUUUAUUUUAAAGAAGAUGCUAAUAAAUAUCUCCAAGAAGUCAGAAUUAGCUAUGAUUUCCCUUCACUGCCAAUUAAAUCUAAAGAUCCAAAUAUAAUCACUAAUCAGACUCCUGAAAACAAUAGUUCAUUUUCAGAAGGUGUCCAACCUCAACCUUCUAUAUUGGGAAGUGACUUAGACAAGAAUGAUCAGGUUUUACCAUCAACCUCUAGCAAUGACAAUAUCCAACUAUUAUAUACCAAUCAGAAACACUCUGGAAGUACUGAGCUUGAUAAAGCAAAUACUACAGAUUCCAAUUCUUUAUUUUACCCUCUAGAUAAAAAGCAUCCUAUUUCCACAGGCACCAAAGUAUAUAUUCCUGAAUCUGAAGAUUUGGGAAAGUUUAGAAAUUUACUGAAUGAUCACAACGAAGUCAAAACUGCCAAACAAAGCAAACCAUACUGGAAUAAUCCUAGAAAUUCUUCAGAACUUUCUGGAUUAGGAAAUAACUUUUUGCUUUUAAGGUCACUGUCUGAACACAGUACAGCUUUAGACAGCUUGGAAAUACUGAAAAAGAAAAAUACUGUCCUUCAACAGCAAGAAACUGAGCAGACACAGGAGCCAGAUUGCUGUCCUGAAGCUAGGAAACCAUUUAUUACAGUAAUUCCACAAUCUGUUCCCAGAUCUCCUCAUUGGAACCAGGAUUCACAACAAUUCUUUACCUUGGGAAGUGAAGAAGAGAAUGGUUUUCUAGCUGAUAUUCCUAAACAAAUAGAGAGAAAAACCUGUGACGCUAAGCCUGUUGAGUUUCAAGAGUACCAGGUGAAAGGAUCAGCUACUAGUGGUAUAAUGACCAGAGGCUACAUCUCACAGCUAGGAAGCAAUCAGUUUCCAGGUAGCACUGAGUAUGAAAACUUCAUGACAAACCCUUGUUUUUUGACUCCAAAGUUGCCUAGUACUUGUAUACAGACAGACUUCUUUCAGUUCCCAGAUAAAGAAAACUUUCCAAAAGAAGAUACUGUCUUUAAUAUUGAAGGCAAUUUUCAAGUGUUAGCUGAGUGUGCUAAGGACUCAAUUGAAAAUAAUUGUUUCCUUCCAAAAGAUUCAGAAAAUUCAUAUAAUUAUUUGGAUUAUAAUUUUAAAUCAGCAGAGAAGACUCUGUGGGAAGCAAAUAAGGUGACAUCAUCAGAGCAAACAUUGAACCCUGUUUCUACUUUCUCACUGAACUCAAGAGAUGGAGAUUUCAUGCUAGAAUUCUCUAAGGAGUCCUUGAAAGCAAGAACUUUACAUGGAACAAAAAAGUCCAGUCCUCUGGAAAGUAAGAGCAUUCAAAGGCUUCCAUUAGUAAGUAGAGUCCGAGUUCCACUUAUUACUUUGCCGUCUGCUGAUGGGCCACCUGACUUAGAUUCGUGUUCCUGUGUAAUUGAUUGUGACACACAAGAAUCUUCUGAUUCCCCUUUUUUCAACUUGUAUGAAGAGUCAGCAGUUCCUUGUAGCUUUGGGCCUGGGGACCAAAGUGAAACUUCUUUCUCUGAAGAAUCUAGGAAAGUGACUCCAUGGGAUGUUUUACUUCCUGAUAAUAAACCUACUCAAAGCAAGUGGCUGAAAUAUCAAAACACAUCCCAGUGCAACUUGACUAUUCCAGACAGAGUGGAUCAGAAAGUAACAGAUUGCUACUUUGCUGAGGCAGUUUCUGGGCUGCAUGUUAGUGACACAGGUGAAAGGCAGAGUGAUGCUAUGAAUGAUAUCUCGUUAGACUGUUUGCAUUUGCAAAUGAUGAAAGGCAUGCUGUAUCAGCAGCAGGAUUUUAGCAGUCAAGAUUUGGUUUCCAGAAAGACAGCACUGUCUUUGAGUUUAAAGCAAACUUCCAGGACUGAGGAAAUUCAACCUGUGUUAGGAGGGGCUGCCUGCUUCAACUACAGUGUAAAGGAUUUACAGGAGAUAAAUGACACUGAGCUGUGCUUCCCAAGUGGCCAGAAAAUGAAAUCUGCUUAUCUUCCCCGAAGGCAAAUUCAUAUACCAGCUAUUUUUCAGUCUCCUGCUCAUUAUAAGCAGAUUUUUACAUCUUCUAUCAUAGAACAUCUAAAUAUAUUGCUAUUUGAGUUGGCAUAUAGGUUGCACAAAGCUCUUUCAAAAGUUAACAUAUCAUUUUAUACAUCAUCAAAUGGAGAGAAACUGAAAAACUUGGAAAAUAAUGUACCAUCCUGCCAUCAUAAUCAACCUGCAAAACUUGUUAUGGUUAAAAAAGAAGGUCCAAAUAAGGGUCGACUCUUUUAUACAUGUGAUGGACCCAAAGCUAAUCAGUGUAAAUUUUUCAAGUGGCUUGAGGAAGAGACUCCAGGAUUUUCAUCACAGAAAGAAUCUCAAUCUGGCUUGGUUUUAAGUGAUAUGAAGAGUAUUGGCUUAUACUUAAGAAGUCAAAAGAUACCACUGUAUGAGGAAUGUCAACUUUUGGUGAGAAAAGGAUUUGAUUUUCAGAGAAAGCAUGGGAAACUAAAGAAGUUUACUGUAAAUCCUGAGUUUUACAGUGAAUCAAAAAGCAGAAUUUAUCUUAAGCUGAGUAGGAAAGAAUGUUCUUCAGUGUAUAGCAAAGAUGACCUUUGGGUAGUUUCAAAAACCCUCGACUUUGAGCUGGAUACCUUCAUUGCAUGUAGUGCUUUCUUUGGACCAUCAUCUCUCAAUGAGAUUGAGCUACUGCCUUUGAAAGGCUAUUUCCCUUCCAAUUGGCCCACUAACAUUAUGGUCCAUGCAUUAUUGGUCUGUAAUGCUAGCACUGAGCUGACCACUUUGAAAAACAUUCAAGACUACUUUAAUCCAGCUACUCUACCUCUAACGCAGUACCUGUUAACAAUGUCUCCAUCAACCACACUUAGCAACAAGAGAGUCAGUAAGAGAAAAUUUAUCCCACCAGCAUUUGCACAUAUCAACACAAAAUUUCAACUACUCAGCCAAGGAGCAUCAUUGCAGUUAGCUCAUGAGUUAAUUCAGGUACACAAGUUAAAUGAGGAUCAAGCAACAGCUCUAAUUCAAAUAGCCCAGAUGAUGGCUUCCCAUGAAAGUCUUGAAGAAGUGAAGGAACUGAAGAACCACAUCCUUCCUAUCACAAUCAUACAUGGUGUUUUUGGAGCAGGCAAGAGUUAUUUGCUGGCAGUGGUGAUUUUGUUCUUUGUACAGCUGUUUGAAAAGAGUGAAACUUCUACAGUUGGAAAUGCAAGACCAUGGAAACUUUUAAUUUCUUCUUCUACCAAUGUAGCCGUUGACAGAGUACUUCUUGAGCUUCUCAGUCUUGGAUUUGAAAAGUUUGUCAGAGUUGGGAGUAUUAGAAAGAUUGCCAAGCCAGUUUUACCUUAUAGCUUGCAUGCUGGCUCAGAAAAUGAAAGUGAGCAAUUAAAAGAACUACAUGCACUAAUGAAAGAAGACUUGACUCCUGUGGAGAAAGUCUAUGUGAGAAAAAGUAUUGAGCAGCAUAAAUUGGGGACCAACAGAACCCUGUUGAAGCAGGUUCGAGUAGUUGGAGUUACCUGUGCAGCCUGCCCAUUCCCAUGCAUGAAUGAUCUUAAAUUUCCUGUCGUCAUGCUUGAUGAGUGUAGUCAAAUUACUGAACCGGCUUCUCUCCUUCCCAUUGCAAGGUUUGAGUGUGAAAAGCUGAUUCUUGUUGGAGACCCCAAACAGCUGCCUCCUACUAUUCAGGGUUCUGAGGCAGCUCAUGCAAAUGGACUGGAACAAACUCUUUUUGAUCGACUUUGCUUAAUGGGUCACAAACCCAUUAUGUUGAGAACCCAAUACCGCUGUCACCCUGCCAUCAGCGCUAUCGCUAAUGAUCUGUUCUAUGAAGGAAAGCUUAUGAAUGGUAUUUCAGAAACAGACAGGAGCCCUUUACUGGAAUGGCUGCCAACCCUGUGUUUCUAUAAUGUUAAAGGCCUGGAACAGAUUGAAAGAGGUAACAGCUUUCAUAAUGCGGCAGAAGCUGGUUUUACACUCAAGCUGAUUCAAUCACUGAUUGCAAGUGGAAUAGUGGGCUCUAUGAUUGGGGUGAUAACAUUAUACAAAUCCCAGAUGUACAAGCUGUGUCAUUUACUCAGUGCAGUGGAUUUUAACGAUCCUGAAAUUAAAGCGGUGCAGGUGUCCACAGUGGAUGCUUUUCAGGGAGCUGAAAAGGAGAUCAUUAUUCUGUCCUGCGUAAGGACAAAACAAGUAGGAUUCAUUGAUUCAGAGAAACGAAUGAACGUUGCAUUGACCAGAGGAAGAAGGCAUUUGUUGAUUGUGGGAAACUUAGCUUGUCUGAGGAAAAAUCAAUUAUGGAGACGUGUGAUCCAACACUGUGAAGGAAGGAAAGAUGGAUUGCAACAUGCCAGCCAGUGUGAACCACAGCUGAACCAUCUUCUUAAAGAUUAUUUUGAAAAACAAGCAGAAGAAAAACAGAAGAGAAAGAGUGAAAAAGAGAAAUCUCAAUCAUCUAAAGACAUGAGCAAUAGACAGUGAGAAACAGAGAGAGACAGAGAGAAAGAUCUUCCUUCUGUUGGUUCACUCCCCAAAUGGUUCACUCCCACGGCUGGCGCUGCGCUGAUCUGAAGCCAGGAACCAGGUGCUUCCUCCUGGUCUCCCAUGCGGGUGCAGGGGCCCAAGCACUUGGGCCAUCUUCCACUGCCCUCUCGGGCCACAGAAGAAAGCUGAACUGGAAGAGGAGCAGCCGGGACUGGAACCUGGCAUCCAUAUGGAAUGCCGGCGCCGCAGGUGGAGGAUUAACUAAGUGAGCCACGGCACCGGCCCCUACAUAUACUUUUUUUAAAAAAAAGAUUUAUUUAUGUAUUUGAAAAGCAGAGUUAAACAGAGAGAGAAGGAGAGGCAGAGAGAGGGAGGUCUUCCAUCUGCUGGUUCACUCUCCAGUUGGCCACAAUGGCUGGAGCUGUGCUGAUCUGAAGCCAGGAGUUUCUUCUGGGUCUCCCAUGCAGGUGCAGGGGCCCAUGGACUUGGGCCAUCUUCUACUGCUUUCCCAUGCCAUAGCAGAGAGCUGGAUCAGAAGAGGAGCAGCCGGAACUUGAAAUGGCACCCAUCUGAGAUGCUGGCACUGCAGGCGACAGCUUUAUCCGCCAUGCCACAGCGCUGGGCCCUGUUACAUAUACUUAUGAUUGCUAUCUAAACACUGAGAAUUGCCUUUGACCUGGCAUACCGUUCAUGUGGAUGACAAAUGAUUGAACUUUCAUCUCAAAUUUAUAGUAUAGCUACCUGAUUUUGCAAAACUCUUAGUCUAAUCACUACUUGUUUUCAUCUAGAACUGCUCAAAGAUUCUGAUAGGAACUUCUGCAGUUGCAUCUGUGCCAUCAUUAGUUCUUCCUUUCCUCUCUGUCUCAUUUUUUAAACUUUUCCAGAAAUUUCAGUUUCUGCAACCAUGUAGGAAGACAUCUUGAAAAUAUAGAGCUGCACUUCUCAACUUUGGCACUCUUUACAUUCUGGACCAGGUAAUUCUUGGUUAGGGAGUGCUGUCCUGUGCCCAUAGGAUGUUUAGCAGCGUCCCUGGCCUCUGCUCACUAGAUGCCAGUAGAACCUUAUCCCAAGCUGUGAUAUGUCUCCACAAAUUGCCAAGUAUUCUGAUGAAAAGAAUGGGCCCAGCAUUCCAGCUGUUUGAGAAAGCAGCAACCACACUUAGAAUAUGGUUUCCCCUAUUUUUUGGUUGGUAUAAGUCUUGUUUUUGAUCCAGGCAACAGUCAGCAAAGGAGGACACAGGAUCUUUUUAAGUGGCCAUGCCUGCUCUGUUUCUAAUGGCAUUAUUCAGGUAGAUAAGCCACAGUGUCAGAUCUUAGAUGUCUUUAGUUUGAUGUGUUUGAGGCUACUAAAAUCUUUUUAAACAGUGUUACAGUGGUAGCUUAGAGAUUGAUAACAAUAUGCUACAUUUUUCUAAGGGGAGCCAUUUUGCCA